AGUAAAAUGAGUCGUUUGGAUGAUCUUUUUGGUAAAAAGCGGGAUGUCGUUCCUGUACUGGACCUCUCGAAGCAAAUCAUCACUUCGCGGGAUGAUUUCAAGAGGCUACUGGAGAAAGUACCCGAUUAUAAGAUGCGACCCAUCAAAGUGCGUUCAGACGAGAUAAAAAUCAAGGAAAAAGAUUGGUCAUUUAAGAUGCCACGCAAAGAACUGGCACUUCUGCUAAGAUGUGGAGGUGUCAGAGAUGUGCCCCAUCAGUACUUAGAUCCCAUCCCUCCGGAAAUGAGGGGUGUAACAAUUGCUGAACUCUGCCCCGUGUCCAUUGACUGGAAAAUGCUAACGACACUGAGACCACGUACGAAAAUCGAAGAGGAUUUCUUUAGUCGCUUGGUGGAACUUGGGAAGUUGCAGCUGAAAACUGAAGCCAGGGACAAGAGGGACAAUAUCCUUCCAGCUUCGCAGCGUCGUACUAAAAAUCGCAAUGGAGUUGUUGAGACGAGAAUCUUCACAUGUGCUGAUUGCCUUGAGGAAUUCUGCACAGGACGAGGAUGUUCAGACUUCAACUAUGACUUUUACACAAGAACACCUCCCAGUGCUGUUCCUCGACCCGCUGAGGGUCAGGUACAGAAGAAAUCCGGGAAUGCAGACAGAAUUUUCGCGAGUUUAACAACGCCCAAGGCAAAAAGAAAAGUCACAGCCAAGAAACGGAAGGGUGGACGGAAACGCAGUCCGUCGAAAAGUAAAGAACAGAAGAGCAAGAAAUGAACCUCAAAAACACAUUCCCUUUCUCAAAAAUGUUUCCUGCCUCUAUAGAAUUGAAAUAAAAUUUAGCAGGGUACUCACAGUAAUCGUUGAUGAUAUCCGGAGCGUCCAGAAUGCGUUCAGGAGCAUGAGGAAUGUACCGUGAUCCACUCUUUGUGGAUACAGGCGUCUUCGUAGAGUACACCACUUUCAGGGGAUUCUGAUGCGAAUCUGGAGCAGAAGGAGCCUUAAUCUGGUACGAUAGAAUUCUCUGGGAAGGUGCUUCCCCAUUUGCACCUGGAAUCGUUUCUGCCAAUAACUUUCUCUGCUCCGCCUGAGCUGCUGAACGUUUUGUAUUGUCUGCCUGGCCGUUUUCUUCCUCCUGGGAAUCCUUCUGUUGCUCCUUGUUGAUCAUGUAGUGCCCCAAUUCAAAGUUGGACGUUGCCCUGCUGGGAAUAAAUCGAUCUCCACCGCCCGUUGAAGUUUUGGAUCGAUCCUUAGAUCCUGGUGUCUUUUUCCCCGGGGUUUUUCCCGUUGGAGUCUUUCUGCUGGAGCCCUUGUUGGGCGUCUUUCCGGGAACAGAAACACCAUUGCCGGCACAAGCGUUGUUGUAUGACACGGAAAGCUUCGAGUUAUUUACACUCGAAUUGUGCGAUGAAGUGCUAGAUGUUUCCAGCUUUUUCUGCCAUCUAGGCAUUGGUCCACGUGUCAGGUCACCAUCCAUUCCCCCAAGAGCACUAUUGAUGUCGUUUAUGUACGCAAAUUGGGACAUUUUCUCUCGCCAAGCACGCCUUUUGUCGGACACACAGCUUGCUUAAAAUAUAAAUGCAAAUUUCUUAAACUCACCCGUACUUCCUUCCAAUAAUGUUAACAUAAAACUACUUUAUGGAUUUUGAAGAAUAUAUUUAUGCAAUAAAACUUACAGAAAUUUGCAAA